GCUGUCAGUAUUUAAAAAAAGCCACGUUCAGCAUUCGCCCUACACUCGAGUAAGCAAGAGCUCGUGUAAACAUGGAUUUGGUGACUUGGGCUCUUAUGGCGAUCACCUUGUGGUCGGUCUGGUUCCUUAGAACACGAUCCAGUCCGAAGGCUACUAACCUACCCCCGGGUCCUGCAGGGUUACCAGUCAUCGGCUAUGCCUGGGCCGUUUUUCACACAUUCCACAUCUUGUUCACCGAUCUAGCUAAGAAAUGGGGCGAUGUAUUCCACAUCAACAUCUUUGGACAGGACAUCAUCGUGUUGAACAGUGUGGAUGUGAUGAGGGAAGCCUACGCUUCUCAGACCGUUUCCGAGGUGUUCUCCGGUAGACCUCCGCCGCCGAGUACGGGUUUUAGUCCUGACAUCAAUGCCACCACGGCGUUCUUGCCGCCGUCUCCACUGUGGGUGAAGCAGAGGAAACUUCUGUACAAAAUCUUGAGUAUGUAUGGGGACGGUGUCCAGUCCAUGGAGAACACGGUACAUGACGAGCUCCAACACGUAGUAGACUGGCUGAAGAGUCGAGGAGGAAAACCUGUCAAUAUGGACGAAGUUUUCCACCCUUCGCUGAUCAAUAUUUUGACCAUUCUGUUGACAGGAAAACGACACGAAUAUGGCGACCCGAUAUUAAAGAACGCGCAGGUAAUGGACGACUCAGCGGCUGUGGGAGCUUCCGCGCGACAUGCUGUGCUCUUCACUAUAUUUCCAUUCUUAAAGUACAUUCCGUAUGGACCAGGACGUGUUGCCAUAGCAUUACGGAAGUCCACAGAACAGUUCUUUAAGGAUUACUAUGACGCAUCAAAGGCUACCUAUGACCCGACGGUGACCAGAGGGAUGAUAGACUACCUACUCCACUACCAGGAAGAGCUCCGAGAGGCGGGGGACGAGGUGUGGCUGAAAGACACGUCCAUCAGAGCCACUAUCCAGGAAGUUAUCGGGGCAGGCUCUAUAACAACUCUCGGGUCUCUAAAUUCGUUUUUCCUCAUUAUCGCUAAACACCCGGAUGUGGCCAAGAAGAUUCAGGAGGAGAUAGAUGCCGUGAUUGGCCAGGACAGACUCUCUAGUCUGAAGGACCGAACGAAAAUGCCCUACACCAUGGCCGCCAUCUUUGAGUUGCUAAGGUACAUUUCGCACGUGCCUCUUGGCUUGCCACACUUGACGACGGAUGACGUCAUGUUCAGAGGAUAUUUAAUUCCAGCGAAUAUCACGGUUAUGGCUAACAUGUGGCUCAUUCACCAUGAUGAGAACAACUGGAGCACCCCCUGGGAGUUCAAACCUGAACGAUUUCUGGAUCAGGAGGGGCAACUUGUCACUGCCGAGAACCCUAAGAGAAAAGCCCUCAUGCCGUUCGGGAUAGGACGCCGUUCCUGUGUCGGUGAGACGUUCGCGAGAUCCCGGAUAUUCCUCUACAUCACGACCUUGUUACAGUCGUUCAACUUCAGCCCUGAUCCCAACUCUCCUUUGCCUUCCUGUGACCCCCGGGACUUCAAACCGGGCCUUGUCAUCAAGCCUUUGCCCUUUAGACUUAAGGUCACCGAGAGGAAAUGAGCACCAAUGGUGUCAAUAAGUCAUCUGUUUUUUAUUUAGCUGAUGACGGUAAAUUUUGUAGAUUUUGUUAGUAUAAAUGUGAACAACCCCAAGCAUAUAAGGACAUUACUUUGUACAUAUGUCACCAACAACCCGGGGCUUUCAAGUGCACGGCUUGGUCAUAUGGCACCAACAACCAACAUUUUAAGCGCCUUGUUUGGUCACAUUGCAUCAACAACCAAGUUUUCAAGCACAUAUACUGACGUACACUCUGUAAGUUAGCAAGUUGUCAGUAUGACUUAAAACACCAAAUACAAAACAUCAAGGAAAGCAAGUAAUCACGAAUUUAUUCUAUAAAAUAGAAAAGCAAAAUACUUACACUUUGCAUUUUGACAUCACUUGAGGCACAGAGUGUAAAUAUUAAUGAUGUUCCGAUCACACUAACUGUCUGUAUCCUUUGCAUUAUGGUUACGCAUUGCGACUCGAAUUGAAAAUGUUUAACUUUUCAUCGGUUUAAUGGGAUCAAAAAUAAACCUUCGUUUUAUGCUGUAAACUGCAACAAACAUGCAAGCUGUGAUGUAUAACUACACUAAUGCAUUCACUAUUUAGCAUGUGCGUCAGUAACUCAACAUCUGACUUGAAAAACCGAAUAAAAACUGCUUCUGAACCUUGGUUUUAAGCUGAAAGCAACACGAAUGCCAAUUGUGAUGUAACUAUACAAAUGCAUUCAUGCGCUUGAGUAGCUCAGCAGCAAGUUUUCAGCAUAAAAUCGUCAUAAAUUAAUAUAAUUAAAUAUAUGUAAAGUAUUAUGUGCACGACUGCCGUCAGCUUCUAAAUUUAGCUUGCCACUGUUUACAUAUGCUGAGUUCAGGGCCUGCUGUCUGCCUCUGCCUUAGAAUGUUCCAGAAUACGCCCAGUUCGGGGUCUGUUUGUUUACAACAAGUGUUCAAAAAUUUUCUUAUUCUAGACAAUUCCACCAGUCUAUAUAAGACCUAUGAAAGCAGGCCAAAGAAAGGAGAAAGGAGAAUUAUUGAGAGUUGUGGAUGCUUUCGCUGUGUAUUACUUUAGUAGGUCUUUUGUGCUGAACUUUGGUGUCUUUAUAGCCUCUGGCUUUGUUAUAUCCUAUCUCCACCGAGCACUUGUUCAGUCUGAACUUGGAUAUUUAAACUGUGCUCUUGUGUACACAGUGCUUGUUAGUACACGGACCCUGUCUGUGGAAUUUUGUGUAAUUUCGUCAUACACUCAGUUAUACUGUGGAUUUUCCCUCUUAUGAAUAUUGCCUCUGUGAUUUAUGCCUAUAUGGUUUUCAGCAUUGUGGAAUAUAUGCGUCCGUUUGGGCUUGACAAUGUUGUACAUGUAAGUACUUUAGUAUUUGUAUAGAUACUGCUAUCCUUUCUUGUUAAACUUAAGUACUUUAGUAUUUGUAUAGAUACUGCUAUCCUUUCUUGUUCAACUUAAGUACUUUAGUAUUAGUAAAAGUCUUGUAAUCUGUUCUUGUUAAACCUAAUAAAUUGUUGUAAAAUAAAAUCUGCUGGUUUUGGUUACCUUUUGUGCGGCUAAACUGUCGAGUAUUUCGAACAAGCCAUCUCUUUAUAAUACAGUCAGUUUGGGUCGUAACAUUAGGACGAUCUCAACUGGUACAGACAGAACUCCAGUCUUUCAAACUUUAUACGGUAAAACCUACGGUAAGAGGGGAGUCUUUUUACUUCGUAAGGUUAAGAUUUGCACGGUAAGGGGUGAAGCUGUAUACGGUAAGAGGAU